GGGGGUUAUGUGUGGUCGCAAGAGCCCAGUCAAGCGACAUUACUAUAGAUUUAUUGUUAGAAUCAAGACGCAUGACCUUAGUCUCCCAUGUCAAUCUGUGGCAUGAAGAUCUCAAACGAGCAUUGUUUUGUUGCUCAUACAACCUUGUUCCUGGCAUCAUAUUUUGUCCAAGAAACGCUUGGACAGAGCUCAUCUUUCCUGGGAUCGAGAUUAACUUCAACGUGUCUGGGAUAUACAAUCAAUCAAACCAUUAAAUGUGUUCAAUGCCAUUCCUUGUGUUUGACUUUGUACCUACAAGACGAAAAGGAUCAACAUUGGGAUGGGGUCCGGAUCAAUCCCACCAAUACAAAAUGCGAGCAAAUCUUGACCUCUGCAGAGAGCUUGAUUUGCUUUUACAAAGAGCCCCAAGAUAAUGAAAAUGGGAUGGUUUUAAAACCAGGACGUCUAAAUGGGCACGUGAAUGAAGAAUUGUACUUUGGUAUUUAUGGUGACACUUUUCACACGUUCCUGCCCAUCACGAAUGCCUCGUUGGAACCCAUUUCCAUGCCAAAGUAUACGUUUACAACUGUUGAUACACAGAGUAAUUCCGUGGUAUUUGAUCAUGGUUAUUUGAUUUGUGAAUAUGGUGCCAUUGUCUGUGCACAUUGGAAAUUUGGUUUAGAUCACUGGGAACCUUUCCCUUCGCCAACAACUCUUCAUAAGGCCGGCGGAAUGGUUCUAUUUGGUGGGGAACCCUUCAUAACCGCAGGAAAAGAUUCUAGUGAUGCUGAUACCGACGUUUCGGAGAUAUUUGACAAGACCACAAAGACGUGGAUUCCUGGACCCAGCUUGUCCCCAGCUCGUCAUUCCCUCUGCCUCUUGGAGGCCAACUACAACACUGUAGUCGCCAUUGGAGGGGUAAUUGUCAUUGAAACGGUCCGCGUCGAUAAGUUGGUCAAAGGGGACUCCACCUGGACCCAAGUGACAAAUCGGCCCCAAGCUGCAUAUGGUAUUAUUUGUGGUGUGGUGACUCUAAGCGGACACCAAAGGGGGGCAUUGACAAUAGGCGGACGACCCGUUUCCGGAGGGUUUCGUGAUACAGCCUACUUCUUGGAUUUCGUCUCGUGGACCUGGAGCAGAGUGUCUAAUUUUGAUGCACCCAAGGUUGCUAUCUUUGGGAGUCUGGUACAAUGGAGAUCCCAAAUUCAUCUUUUUCCAUUGGAAGAAGAAGUGCCAGGGGGACAUUCCACAGCUCAUUAUGUGAAGGAUUUAGCCGAAUCUGGACAAUCUUGGACCAACAGGAACACAUUGUCUAAUUAUCCAAAGGCCAAGCGUUUGUCUGUGAAAGUCAUUUCGAAAUAUGGGUUGAAUGGUUAAAUGCAACAAAGGCAACGACUAACUGGAUCUCGAUCAGAAGCUUAGCAAUAAUAGCAAGAUGGCUAGUUUACAUACUGCCUUAUUGAUGUGCUAAGGAUUUAAAACGAGAACAAUCAAAGCAUCUUAAUUUGAUCUCGAAUUCAAAUGAAAAGCAUUCUUGAAUUGAUGCAGAUAAAGUUGUGGUACCAUGAAAAAGAACGAAUUCAGCUAUUUUCUAAUCGUGCAUUUAGGUGACCCCCAUUUCCAACACAUUUAAAUGACAAAGUUAUGAUUCACAUCUCACAUGCUGACCCCUGCCCCGUUUACACUACAAAGGCUACUUUGAUGGCACUUUUUAAUCGUCCUCAACCAUGCGUUUAGUGUUUCCAAAUGCUUGGUCAAGAAACAAUCAAUCACUGUGUAAAACUUCAAAAGUGAUUAAUUUCAAACUUUGU